CUCCUGCCUCCCUCUCUGCAUCUGACAGUGUCCCUCCCUCUUUCUCUCUCCUCCUCCUUCUCCUCUCAUUAGGGCUUUUCACCGGCAAAACACCGACACACUCCCUCUCCCUGUAACUGGGCAAUACACACGGAUCGGCGGCAGGAGCAGGAUUGACCUACCCCCCCCCCCGGUGCCCACCAUCCAUGGUCCUCCCCUUGAUGUGGGUCUGACAGGAGGGUUGGUGUUACUUCGCUGACGAGACGAGGCAAGUAUCGGAGGUGACGAGAUCAAUAUAGGAGACCUCCCAGACAGCAGGGGCAGCAGCGAGCAUGCAGGACUCAGCCUCAGACAGCAAGAUGGCCAAACAGGACCAGAACUCCAAGCACCUUGAUGAACACAGAGAUACAGACGACAUGUCGGAGAAGACGUCGCCAAACAAGAACCUCAAAUCUCCCCAGAAAGGAUCCAAACGACUUAAAACAGCCCCUUUCAAAAUCACCCUGCUGGACACGUCAGAGUUCGAAGGCGAAAUUGAGAAACACUCCAAAGGACAGAGCCUGACAGACAUGGUGUGUGAGCAUCUCAACUUGUUGGAGAAGGACUACUAUGGUCUGACCUUUGCCGACACCGACACCCAGAAGAACUGGUUGGACCCCUCUAAGGAGAUCAAGAAGCAGAUGCGCAACUCUCCAUGGCACUUUGCCUUUGCUGUCAAGUUCUACCCUCCAGAUCCCUCCCAGCUCACUGAGGAUAUUACCAGAUACUACCUGUGUCUGCAGCUGAGGGAUGACAUGCUGUCAGGUCGACUGCCAUGCUCGUUCGUCACUCACGCCCUCCUGGGCUCCUACAGCGUUCAAGCCGAGCUGGGGGACUACGACCAGGAAGACCACGGCUCCGACUACGUCAGCGAUUUCCGCUUUGCUCCCAAUCAGACUCGCGAACUGGAGGAGAGGGUGAUGGAGCUCCAUCGAAACUACAAGGGGAUGACUCCAGCAGAGGCUGAAAUUAACUUCUUGGAGAACGCAAAGAAACUAUCCAUGUACGGCGUGGACCUCCAUCACGCUAAGGAUUCUGAAGGGAUUGAAAUAAUGUUGGGCGUCUGUGCCAACGGACUGCUGAUUUACCGAGAUAGGCUGAGGAUCAACCGCUUUGCCUGGCCAAAGAUCCUGAAGAUCUCCUACAAGAGGAGCAACUUCUACAUCAAGAUACGACCAGGGGAGUACGAGCAGUUUGAAAGCACAAUCGGUUUUAAGCUUCCCAACCACCGAGCUGCCAAGAGGCUGUGGAAGGUCUGCAUUGAACAUCACACCUUCUUCAGGCUGGUGUCUCCAGAGCCUCCUCCCAAGGGCUUCUUGGUGAUGGGUUCGAAGUUCCGAUACAGUGGAAGGACCCAGGCUCAAACCAGGCAGGCCAGUGCUCUCAUAGACCGGCCGGCUCCGCACUUUGAGCGUUCAGCCAGCAAGAGGUACCUGCUGUCCCGGAGCCUGGACGGAGCAGAGUUCUCAAGGCCGGUUUCAGCCAUGUGUGAGAACCACGACGGCAUGUCCCACCGCAGCGUCAGUGAACACCGGCGCCUCCAUAGCCCCUCUGUGGAGGCGCAGGAGGCGGAGCUGGAGCCCAGUCUGGAGCAGGACGAGGACGAAGGGGACCAAGACCAGAGCGAAAUGACCGAGGAAUACUACGACGGCGACGUCACUCCAAGCAAAAAGAAAGAGAUCAUGUUUCUGGAUAAGUCGAAGGAUGUUUUGCUGAAGCACCAGGCCAGCAUCAAUGAGCUGAAGAGAGCCCUGAAGGAGCCCAACAGUAAGCUGUCAGUCCGCGAGAAGCGUCUGUCAGCAACCUCCCCGACCAGCACGCCAGAGAAGAAGGCUGAGCCUGUCUCUACUCCUGCCAUUUAUGAAGAGCCGUUUGCUGAUUUCAAGUUAUGUAACCUCAGAGUGGUGAUCCUAUGUCUGUACCCGUCCCAGAAGGAGCUCGGGGACAGGAGGCCUCUGCCCAGAUUAGCGUCAGAGGAGGAGCAGGAUCGGGACACGGUGGCCUGCAUGAGAGAAUCCCACCUGGGCAUCGAGCGCAAGUGCUCCAGCAUGACGGUGAGCUCCACGUCCAGCCUGGAGGCGGAGGUCGACUUCACCGUCCUGAUGGACCUCCACUCCGGCUCGGAAGACUUCUCUAAGGGCAUGUCGGAGCUUGGAGAGCGGGAUAGGCAGCCCGAGGUGGGCCGGGAAGAUUUUGAGGAGACCUCCAGGUUCUACUCUGCCCGUCUGAUGGGCUCCCGGGACAAGUCUCCCAUAGAGGAGGGAACACAUCACGAGCCUCCCGUGGCAAAGAAAGACGCGAGUGCUGUGAGUGCGGCCCACGUAAUGAAGAGGGCUGAAAGCAAGAAGGAGACGCACACAAAUGGAUCAGAGACCCACUCCAACAUCAUGAACGUCUCACCGCAGAACUACGGAGGCGUCAGCCCGAGGGAGACUCCUGCUGCCCUGAAAGAAAAUGGCUCGCCUGUAAAGGCUGGAACCCAGGAGAGGGAGUCUGUUGUUUCCCCGCUGACCAUCACAGCUGAGAGCGUCACCUCAGCAACCACAACACAAGUUACCAAGACUGUGAAAGGAGGUUACUCAGAGACCAGAAUUGAGAAAAGGAUAAUAAUAACUGGAGACGAUGAUGUGGACCAGCAUCAGGCCCUCGCCAUGGCCAUCCAGGAGGCCAAGCAGCAGCACCCUGACAUGCUGGUGACAAAAGCCGUGGUUAUCAGGGAAACAGAGUCUCCUACCGAGGAGAUGCAGCAUCACGCGGAGUCCUGAUCGGCCAUGAAGGCUCAUGAGACAAGGGUGCAGGAGAGGAUCCUCCAGCUGUGUGUCCCCUGGCCCGCCCCGCAAAUUGCCACCACUCAGAUACCAGGACCCUCUACCCCGCCUGUGUAAAGACACCCACACCAGAGCAAGACUGCGUUCCACAUUCACUCCUGCCCCUUUAGACUGACCAACUGUGACUCCGCCUGUGACCCCGAUCCCGAUCCUCCACCACCUUUAUGGAUCAGGAAGGAUUGCUAUUGAAUGAUUCACCACUUGGUUUAUCAAGUCACGGCUGUUUAACUUCAGCUCUGUUAUCGACAAAACCUUAGUUGCAUAUUGUGUCAUCUUGAAUUUUGAUUCGAUGAGUUUUCAUCCUUAAAAUCCAACCCAAAUCCCCUUAAAAAUGGCUUCUGUCAAAUGUGUAAAAGCAUGGGAUGUAUAAAGAGAAUUGGAUACAGCGUUGGCGGUGGGGCCCCAUUCCAAGAGAGUUGUUCAGUGGCCCAUGGAACCAAAAUGGACUGACUUUCGAGAACAGAAAUACUCGGAUCAUCCCGUUGCGCUCUUCCGGCGUUCUUCCGCAUCCCAAUUUUACAACUUCUAGGCCCUACUAAUUUAUAUUGAUUUAUUGAUAAGGGCUAUUCAGUGUUUGUCCUGGCUUUACUUAAAAAAAAUGAGAAAAGUAUUUUUGUUCCUAAAUGACGUCACAGAUUGACACGGAAAUGUAGUACCACCGUUUGGCCACUAGGACAUUUUGCUCCCACGCCUGGUCACUUGUUGUAUUAGAGCAGAGGAAGGGUUGUGAGGAAAGGAUGGGGACGAUGCUGGUGGUGGGGAGGGUGGUGUCAGGCAGCCUUUUUGCUCAACGUCGCCACCUCCUGGCUGUGACACCUUCAGUAUAAUCAACUGCUGUCUUAUUAGCUUUUUACAUUUUUAUCUAUAGAGGAUCUAAUUUAUGUCCAGUGUUUGCUUGUUUAUGAAAUAUGUAUAAUAUCAGAUGACUAUAAUCUGCAUGAUUCAAUAAAAAGAAAAAAAAUAGCAGAGGGAAUGAAAAAAAUGAAACCACAGUCCAACAUUUGAGAAAGGUAAUGGGACUGAACAGUAAAAAUCCCUUAAUGGACACAUGGGUGAUGCUGAUGGAGUCCACUGGAGACGGACAGUUGCAUAACACUUCAGUGGACAGCUGGGACAAACACACAUCACUGUUCCUGCUUUCAUUUUGACGUCUAUUUGCCAUCUACACUGAGAAAUGCUGGUCACGUGUUUGGGGCAAAGGUAACGGAUUUUUAGAGAUAUUUUAAUAUAAAUAAUGUUUAUCUGAUAUGUGCUGAUACGUCCUAAUUUGAUUUAACUGACUUCCAUCACGGAACAGAGACUGUAAUGUUUUUUCUUGUGCUUUUGGAUGUUUUGGUCUUCAUGUGUGAGACAUACGGAAGAGAUAUAGGUUCUAGAAACCAGAAAUAUUUAUUCAUGGACAAUUUGCAUUUUUAGAAUCAGGUAAUUUGUUGAAAUGUCAAGAAACAUUUCGAAAAACUUUGAAAAUGAAUCAAAAAUACUGGCGUCAAAUAGAUUAUUAUUAUUUUUGACUUUAUUCUGGAAUUUCAAAAUAAAAUACACAUCUUUCUCCUAAUUUUCCUCCUUUGCCAGGCCGCGGAUAUGAGCUUAAUGAUUUGCCUAAGUUGCAAUUCACUGGAAACCCACCAAAUGAAUCAAAGACCCAAAACUAGAAAGCAGCUUGCCAAAAUUGUGAAGUUGUAAAUGAGAAAUGCAUUGGGUUUGGUUAAACUUUAGGGUUAACCCCAGGGUAAAAAUGCUUAUCAUAGGAACUUUAAACUAGCCUGGGUGCCAGCCGAACUUAGCCCCGCCCAUAACAUUUUUGGUAGGGAAGUUCGGUCUGGCUCUGCUCCGUUGGGGAAACAUUAUCUCCGAUCUUGCGACAGUCGAACCAAUCAGAUUGCCAGGGCGGGCUUUAUACGAUGAUGGACAGAUGAUCAACUGGGACGUAAUCGACUACGUCACUAAAGAGCGCUAGGGUUGAAUUCGUUUGAAACAAACAUGGCUGCCGCUGGAGAGCGAGGAUGUUCAGAUUCUGCCAUCGAGUCUGUUCUACAGGAUCUCAACAUUGAAUUCAUUUUGAAAGACGAACAGAGGAACGCGAUAAAGGCUUUUAUCGAUAGAAAAGAUGUUUUUUCCGUCCUUCCUACAUGAGUUCCGCUGACAACAAGUGUGUGUCGCUUAAUCUACGUCACAUACUACGUUGCUCUGAUUGGUUGUAGGUCUAUCCAAUUGAGCGAAGAGGCGUUUUUUUCCCUGGUUCGGUUGAAACACGCCCCAUAAUCAAAGCUCUAUGGAUCAGUUUCAGACUCACUUUCUGAAUAGAAUCGUGAGUAUGACGUAGUCAGGCUAACUUUAAACACCAAUUAAAAAAACCAAAACAAUUAAGGCUUUAUUGUUCCUCCAACAAAGCAACAUGUAUAUAGGAGAUAAAACCAAUAAGAUAUCUUCCAGUUGGAACCGUGUUUGCAUGGUAACAACAAUCCACAUGGCCUAAAACGUUAAAAACCACAAGAAUAACAAGGGUACUUUUUUUGUGUUCAGUUGGAUUAACUCUCUUUAAGUUAUGGUGUAUGAGUUGUCGUUGUAUUUAUAGGAGUGGUGAAUGUGAGGCCUGUACUUUUCCUCCCGGUUCCCCUGACAGACAAAGCCAAGACUUCAUAGUGUGACAUAAACGAAGCGCCGUCUAACCCUGCUGAUCCGUCACACAACAUGUACCCUGGAUGACCUUUAAUGAUAUACUAUGCAUCACUUAUCAUACAUAAUAACCCCUGUGAUGGAGCCUGACCCGCGUUAGCCGUCAUUGUUAACUUCGUGCUACUGCUAACCGAAAGGCAGUGCUUGUGAGAUUUCUGCAAUAAGCAAACCAUCAUGCUCAUCCUCUGUCCCCUAAAGGGAGAAAACUGUGAACUCUCAUGUGUAACCAAAACCUAUAACGCAGAGUUUGUGAUAUUAAAACGGAGCUUUUCCAACACUUGUGACCAUGGCUUUGUCCCCCCCCCCCUCCCCUGUCGUCUAAACCCUCCCAUCCCCCGACCUGAAACUGUUGCCCUGCUGAUGAUGUGUCUGAGGAAAUGAGAUUCCCCAAAACUGGGUAUUUGUAUAUUCUAUUUUGCUCUGUUUAUUUUUUUUCUGGUCAUAUGACACUGGACUGUUGUGAAGGCACUUGCUUGCAAUGAAGCAGCAAAAACGUAUACUGUAAACCUGUGAUACUCAACUGAGCGCUCAAAGACUCAAUAUGGCCCCCAAUAGGACCCCUGGUGACCUGCUGACCAGAUAAAUUCAGAAAAGUUGCAUUUCCCCCCCCUUCUUUUAAUGAAUAUUUGGAACCAGAGUGCUCAAAACAGCAUCAAAUCAAACUAAAAAGCCUUGUUUAUUCCUGGAAAAAGUAUUUUCCUCAAUUUCAAAUCGAUUAAAUGCUGGUAAAAAUAUUGCAUUAGUUUGUA